CACACUGUAUAUAUAUAUAACAUAUUUUGUAUCUGUAUAUUGAUUGGUGGCCACUGAGUGUUAAUUCUGUAUCUAUACAUCUAUUUGAACAAUUCAACUGGCGAUCGCAUCAUUUUUGCUAAGGCUACAUAUCGAUUGCCACUGUCCUUUGCAUUCCGUUCUUUUUGCGUUGUAAGCGGCAUGCAGAACAGUGGCAGUCUUCCCAAGAGCAAUUCUCUAAGAACCCCUCAACAGUCACUUCUCCGUCUCAACUUUUGCUCUCAGAUAGCAACGGGUCAGCAAACAUCCCCAGUUGUGUUUCCAGAAAAACGUACCAAGGGAAAGCUUUCAAAACGAACUGAUGUCACUGCCAGCAGUGAUGAUUCCAAGAAAUCAAAGAGGGAGGACCACAGGAUUGAUAUUGGAGAUGAGGAAUCCGACUUGCUUGGAUAUGAAGUCAUUUCUGGAAAGCUAGUUUUGGAUAAGAGAAAGACCAUAAAAGCUACUGAUACACAAAGCUCAACAGAAACUGCACACUUGGAUACCGUUGAUGCUAAACUAACUAGCAGGGCAUUGGUUUGGGGCUCUCAUGUGUUAAGUCUUGAUGAUGUUAUUUCAGUGUCCUACAAUUAUGGUAUGAGGCGUUUUAUAGUGCAUGCUUACCCUAUAAAAAAGCCCACGUAUUGCUUCUCGAAAUCCAGCAGAAGCAGGAAGGAUUUUUGCUUCUUGGCAUCUACUCCAGAGGAAGCUACCCAAUGGGUUACAGGGUUUGCAGAUCAGCAUUGUUUUGUGAAUUGCUCUCCUCAUCCUUUGCUCUCUUCAAAGAAGCAGGAUUCUGAAAUUCUUGCUCUUGAUUUUUCAUAUACACACAUUAAAAGCAAAAGUCCACCUCGAAUGCUUGUCAUCCUAAAUCCCCGCUCUGGACGUGGUCGUUCAAGCAAGGUUUUCCAUAAUUUGGUUGAACCUAUAUUUAAGCUUGCUGGGUUUAAGCUGGAGGUAGUUAAGACAACUUCUGCUGGCCAUGCUAGAAAACUGGCUUUGAGUGUUGAUUUUAGCACGUGUCCAGAUGGGAUUAUAUGUGUCGGAGGCGAUGGAAUUGUCAACGAGGUUCUGAACGGUCUUCUUUGCAGAGACAACCAGAAAGAAGCAAUUUCAGUCCCAAUUGGUAUUAUACCUGCUGGCUCCGACAAUUCUUUAGUCUGGACUGUUCUUGGGGUUAAGGAUCCAGUUUCUGCUGCACUAGCUAUAGUGAAGGGAGGUCUGACAGCUACAGAUGUAUUUGCCGUUGAAUGGAUUCAAACAGGUGUUAUUCAUUUUGGAAUGACAGUUUCAUAUUUCGGUUUUGUUAGUGACGUGUUGGAACUUUCUGAUAGAUAUCAGAAAAGGUUUGGUCCUCUUCGUUAUUUUGUUGCCGGUGUCCUCAAAUUCUUAUGCUUACCAAAAUAUAGCUAUGAACUCGAAUAUCUACCAGCAUCCAAAGAAAAAAAUGAUCUAGAAAGACAAGCCUUGGCUGACAAAGAUGUAGUCGAUAUGUCAGACUUGUAUACAGAUGUCAUGAGGAGAUCGGAUGGCAUUCCGAGAGCCUCUAGUUUAUCAAGCAUCGACUCUAUAAUGACUCCGGGCCGGUCUGCAGCUGAGAUGGAUAAUACAACCUGUAGUAGCACCGAGCCAUCAGAUUACGUGCGGGCCAUAGAUCCAAAAUCAAAACGUCUUUCGAGUGGAAGAAGCAAUGUGACAUCAGAACCAGAAGUUAUCCAUCCUCAACCACUUUCAUCAACUUUAAAUUGGCCAAGGACACGGUCCAAAUCACGGACAGAUAAAGGGUGGAGUGGCUUGACAUCUUCACAGGAUCCCACUAGAUCUUCGUGGGGAAACUUGGGAGCAAAUGAUAAAGAGGAUAUAUCAUCAACAAUGUCGGAUCCGGGUCCAAUCUGGGAUGCAGAACCAAAGUGGGAUUCAGAACCUAAUUGGGAAAUGGAAAAUCCAAUCGAGUUACCAGGCCCACCUGAUGAUGUUGAAAGUGGAGAGAUGAAGGAAAUCGGGGUUAGAUUGGAAGAAAAUUGGGUGGUUAAGAAAGGGAAGUUUCUUGGUAUUUUGGUUUGUAACCAUUCUUGUAAAACUGUUCAAAGUUUGAGUUCUCAAGUGGUGGCACCAAAAGCAGAACAUGAUGACAACACUAUGGAUUUGUUGUUGGUUCAUGGAAGUGGAAGGCUAAGGCUGUUAAGAUUCUUCUUGCUUCUACAGAUGGGCCGACACCUUUCUCUUCCUUAUGUUGAAUAUGUGAAGGUCAAAUCAGUGAAGUUGAAGCCAGGAAAAAGCACACACAACGGAUGUGGAAUCGAUGGUGAACUUUUUCGAGUAUCUGGUCAAGUGGUCUCAUCUUUACUUCCAGAACAAUGCAGGCUCAUUGGCCGCCCUCCAGGCAACAAUGUGAAAUAACCAUCUAGCCCUCCAUAUCUGGAUCUGGACGAUUACCGUAAUCACACCAUAUUACUGUUACAUAUCUGAGGACUGAGGUCAUUGUAUUAUUUGAUCCUUUUUCCCUGUCUCCGGCUUGAUUUCUUGCUUUUUCUCGUUAAUAGCGUUUCCGAUCUUAUAUAUAUGCAUAUACUUUGUAUCUAUUAGAGCUUAGAGUGCAAUCUUUUUAUGGAUGGAAACAGUAUUUUGGAGUUGAUUUGAAUUAGUAGAUGUGUAUUGUGUAAAGUAUACAUUUCUGACUUCUUGUCUUCA